CAUGCGCUGCGUCGGGACGUACGCCGACGCGGCCGCUGGGCGCGAGUGUCUGCGUUUGAAGAUGGCGGAGAAUGGUCCUAAGUCCGUGCUGUUCGUGUGUUUGGGUAACAUUUGUCGGUCACCUAUCGCAGAAGCAGUUUUCAGAAAACUUGUAACUGAUCAAAACGAUUUAGACAACUGGAGGAUAGACAGUGCAGCCACAUCUACCUAUGAAUGGACCAUUGACAGCGGUGCUGUUUCCGACUGGAACGUGGGCCGGGCCCCGGACCCGAGAGCCGUGAACUGCCUAAGAAAUCAUGGCAUUAGCACAGCCCAUAAGGCAAGACAGGUGACCAAAGAAGAUUUGGCCACAUUUGACUAUAUAUUGUGUAUGGAUGAAAGCAACCUGAGAGAUUUGAAUAGAAAAAGUAAUCAAGUUAAAAACUGCAAAGCUAAAAUUGAACUGCUUGGAAGCUAUGAUCCACAGAAACAACUCAUUAUUGAAGAUCCCUAUUACGGGAACGAUGCUGACUUUGAAGUGGUGUACCAGCAGUGUCUCAGGUGCUGCAAAGCCUUCCUGGAGAAGGCCCACUAGGACCACCUGCCCGCUACCAGCUGGGGACUCUCCCUAUCCACGUUCUGCAUCCUCAUCCUGUGCUCCGGUGUACUGCCACUCCUUUGACCCAGGCCCUGCCUGCCCCUUCAGCUGACUGUUGUCUCUGACCUGACCUGACCUGACAGAUCAUUGUAGGUGGAAACCAGCUGUGUCUACAGAAGAAUCAAUAAAAAUGUUGGACUCAAAGACAGUUUGUAGGGUGCAGUGAGAGUUCUUAGACUAGUGGAGCCUUCUCUUUGCCCUGAUUAUGCUAGUGGAGUGAGCAGAGAGAAAAACAGCCCCAACCACUAAGUACGCACACCUGAAGGCCCAGGUUAGUCUCUGUGCCCAGUAAGGUUGGAUGGCCUGGUCUCCCUGCAGUGAUUGUGUGUGGCUGGCCAGUGCCUACAGGGCACCUGUGCUCAUCUGUGUAUUCAGAGUCACAGUGACCUUGUCCAUAGCGGCUCUCCAUGGCUGCAGCAAGUGUUUUAGCUCACACACACACAGUGCACAUGAUAGGAGACAGACCGAUGGGAUUGAUCUUUAGCACCUUUAGUAUUUGUUGGUUUUUGUCUGAUUUAUUUCACAAAGUCAGCUUAUUUGCUCUCAUUUGAGCCACUUUGUAUCCAAAAAUUUAAUUAUAUCUGGAAAGGACACUUGUAUGCUAUGUAUCCUAUGGUUGGUCGAGGGGUAUGUUUGUUUUAUAUGCACAGGUGACUCAAAUGUAAAUUGGCUUA